UAUCGGAAACGUUGUCAGACGGGAAUAACACACGUGUCUGAGGGAACGGUUGAAAGAACAUGAACACUUGGUCCUGGCUGACAGAGAGGCCCAAGAAAAGACACACAAGCUUUCAUACCGACGCUUUCUGUUUAGUGUCUAAUCAUUAAUAGUCAGUCAGGCGACGUUACUGUUUCCGGCGCGCGGAGCAGGACAACGGUCGGAGCGCGAGCUGACCGUGAAGGAGCGCACGGGGUGAACGAAGAAAGUUCUCGGUCUGUGUUCCCGGGCCUGUGUGUGUGUGUACACCCACUCGUUGCAUUAGCAGCUUGUUACUAAGUUAAUUUAUUAUCGCUAGUACACUGAAGGACUGGUGAGGGUUUAUUCGGACGUCAUGGCGGACUACCUGAUCAGCGGGCAGACCGGUUACGUCCCCGAGGAUGGGCUGUCAGGACAGCAGCUGUUCAACGGAGGAGACGGGCUCACAUACAAUGACUUCCUGAUUCUCCCAGGCUACAUUGACUUCACAGCAGACCAAGUGGACCUGACCUCAGCGCUCACCAAACAAAUCACCAUGAAAACACCCUUCGUCUCCUCUCCUAUGGACACCGUCUCAGAGGCCAACAUGGCCAUCGCUAUGGCACUAACAGGUGGCAUCGGCUUCAUCCACCACAACUGCACUCCAGAGUUCCAGGCUAAUGAAGUUCGCAAAGUCAAGCGUUAUGAGCAGGGCUUCAUCAAGGACCCUGUGGUGAUGAGCCCCAACGAGCGUGUUCGGGACGUCUUCCAGGCCAAGGCUCGCCAUGGCUUCUGUGGAAUCCCCAUCACAGACAACGGCAAAAUGGGCGGCAAGCUGGUGGGCAUUAUCUCGUCCAGAGACAUUGACUUCCUGAAGGAGGAGGACCACAACCUGCCACUGAGCGAGGUGAUGACGAAGCGAGAGGAUCUAGUGGUCGCACCUGCUGGAGUGACACUUAAAGAAGCCAAUGAAAUUCUCCAGAGGAGUAAGAAAGGAAAGCUGCCCAUAGUAAAUGAAGAGGGCAACCUGGUGUCCAUCAUCGCCCGCACAGACUUGAAGAAGAACAGAGACUUCCCUCUGGCCUCCAAAGACUCGCGCAAACAGCUGCUGUGUGGCGCUGCCAUCGGCACCCACAACGACGACAAGUACCGUCUGGACCUGCUGGUGCAGAGCGGGGUGGAUGUAAUUGUACUGGACUCGUCUCAGGGCAACUCAAUCUUCCAGGUCAACAUGAUCAAAUAUAUCAAAGAAAAGUAUCCAAGCCUACAGGUCAUCGGAGGCAAUGUGGUGACUGCAGCUCAGGCCAAGAACCUGAUAGAUGCAGGAGUGGAUGGGCUGAGAGUGGGGAUGGGCAGCGGCUCCAUCUGCAUCACACAGGAAGUGCUGGCGUGCGGCAGACCCCAGGCCACAGCUGUCUACAAAGUAUCAGAGUAAGCCAGGCGUUUUGGCGUGCCAGUUAUUGCUGAUGGCGGCAUCCAGACUGUCGGACACAUUGCCAAAGCCUUGGCACUGGGAGCAUCCACAGUGAUGAUGGGCUCUCUGCUGGCUGCUACCAGUGAAGCUCCUGGUGAAUAUUUCUUCUCUGAUGGCAUCAGGUUGAAAAAAUACCGCGGCAUGGGCUCCCUGGAUGCCAUGGACAAAAACCUGGGCUCUCAGAGCAGAUACUUCAGUGAGAGCGACAAGAUUAAAGUUGCUCAAGGUGUUUCUGGAGCGGUGCAGGACAAAGGCUCCAUCCACAAGUUUAUUCCCUACCUGCUGGCUGGCAUUCAGCACUCCUGUCAGGACAUCGGAGCCAAAAGCCUCACACAGCUCAGAGCCAUGAUGUACUCUGGGGAUCUGAAAUUUGAAAGGAGAACAACAUCAGCUCAGAUGGAGGGUGGAGUCCACAGCCUGCACAGUUAUGAGAAACGUCUGUUUUGAGAAGAAGCCAGCCGUUUUGCUGUUGAGCCUGCAGAUGAAGAUUCUUUCCAACAGACACAAUAUGCAAAAACACUACUUGCCGGACCCUCUUACAUCCAUACUCAACACAAACACACACACCUGCCGAAGUUCUCAUAGAAACUAGUCUUUAAAGAUGAGCUCUCACACACACUGUAUUCUUCCAAGGAUCCAUCAGUCUUCCUGCCAGUGUCAUCUAUGCAUUGUCUUUGUCUUUCUGUGUGAAGGAGGGGAACUGAGCAUUUAUCAAUCAGUGCACGUGUGAUUGACUCCUCCAAUGCCUUUCAUGUUGUGAUUCAAAUUAAAUGUCUGGUGUGUCCAUUUUAAGGCAACAAAGUUGUCCAGUAAUAAAACUCGUGUUUUUCCACAA